AUGCCUCGAACCGAAUAUGCUGCAGUUUCACAGCAAGAACUGCUAGGUUCAGCUGAAACUACUUCUGCUAUUGAACUUGAUGAUAUUGAACCCAAUACAUCACACGAAUUCCCAUUGGACUUGGCUUCUGAUGAUCCCGAGUCUGUGGUGGAUCACUCGCAGGGCACACUGAAUAUGCAAAUGGCAUUUAUGAAUAUGGCCAACCUGAUCUUGGGUGCUGGUAUCAUUGGCCAGCCAUUUGCUUUCAAAAACACGGGGUUGGUGGGUGGUAUCUUGUCCAUGAUUUUGCUCACAGGUCUAAUUGAUUGGACGCUUCGCUUAAUUGUGAUUAAUGCGGAGAAGUCACACACACAGCUGUACCAAGACACAGUUCUGAAAUGUUUCGGCAUGUGGGGCCGUUUGCUAUUGCUUCUUCUGAUUCUGCUUUUCGCGUAUGGUGGAUGCAUGGCAUUUUGUAUAAUUAUUGGUGACACAAUACCUCAUGUUCUUCGAGCUCUCUUACCAAAUGCUAUAACAGCCCCAGGAACUGCUUUGGGUUGGUUGUUUACCAGGAGAGUAAUUAUAGUUGUGUUUACAACGUUCAUCUCAUAUCCUUUAUCUUUGAAUCGCGAUAUUUCGAAAUUGGCCAAAGCCCUGGGAUUUGCUUUGAUAGGAAUGACAAUUAUUGUGGUGCUUGCGGUUAUCAGGGCUCCUUUAGUUGAGAAUGACCUCAGGGGUUCACUCACAACACCAGAAUGGACUAUAAACUCGCUGAUUUUUCAAGGCGUGUCCGUAAUAUCAUUCGCUCUUGUUUGUCAUCACAACACAAUCUACAUUUACAACUCACUUCGUAAUGCUACGAUUGACAAAUUUGCAAAGAUUACACAUAUUGCCUGCUUUGUUCUGAUGCUCUUUUGUGGACUCAUGGCGAUCAAUGGGUUGGUCAAUUUCGGGGACAAAACAAAGGGGAACCUACUUAACAACUUUCGCAGCGAUGAUUUCUGGAUCAACAUUGCUAGAUUUUGCUUUGGACUUAACAUGCUCACGACGUUUCCGUUGGAAAUAUACGUGGUUCGCGACGUUUUCAAGGACUUGGUGGUAGAAAGAAAUGCAGAAGGUGGAACCGGUGGUGUUGAAAUGUCAUGGAGACAACAUGUUACUGUCACAACACUACUAGUGUUUUCCUCAAUGCUGGUCCUGUUAUUCACCUGCAAUUUGGGCAUUAUUUUAGAACUUAUUGGUCUGACGCUGGCUAGUUUGAUGGCAUACAUUAUCCCACCCCUAUGUUACGUAAAAUUAUGCUAUGAUGAACUUGAUAAAGCAGUUACGCCGGGUCGUUUCAGCAAGGAACUCAAUCGGAACUUCAUCCUAUACAAAGCAUUGCCUUCAUUUGCAAUAGUGUUGUUUGGUUUUACGGUGAUGAUCGUAAGUACAGCCGGCUCAUUGACUGGCGUUGGAUCAGAUGACUCACAUUGCGUAAUUGAUUAG